CUUGCCGUCAUCAAGAGUCUUGUUUCAAGGGUUUUUUUUUGUAUUUUGGUUUACUGCUAUCUCGUUUCAUCAUGUCCCAAUAUGGAGCAUAUCCUUCUUCGGAAGACUCGGACUCAAGCUUUGAGAUAUGUUUAUCAUAUGAUGAUUUUCCUUUUGGUGAUACGAAACUUCUUGAUUUGGUAGUCGUUGAUAAUAAGGAUGCAUUUGUUCAACGUAUUAAGAAGCAGAGGAAACGAUCAGAACUUCAUGAUGCUUGGUAUCAAUCAAAAAAUAUGUUAUCUUCAAUUUUCUAUUAUAUCUCUGCAAGAAAUGCAGUAAAGUGUGCAACUGCUCUAUUAGCCGGAGAAACAGGUCUCGAUGUAGACAUUAAUGCCCUUCAUCCAGUGCUUGGUUCAAAUCCACUGUAUUUUACAUCAGGUCCUCCUGAGUUGAUCGACUUAUAUAUCCGCAAUGGAGCUCGGACUGACAUCAGGCAUAAGGGCAUGUUACCUUUAAACAGAUUUCUUGACUACAUAAGAAGGGGACAUGAAAAUAUUGAUUGGUCUUCAAAACAAUCUAUAUGCAUGGUGAUUGUCUUUUUGUGCUUAGAUAUGGAAAAAUUGGAGUCUCUUAGGUUGCUUUUUGAGAACACAAAAGAGGUUGAGAAAGAAGUAUAUCACUACAUGAAGGGCGGAAAACUUGUUGAGACAACUGCCCUGUUGAUGAUAGCUCGAGAAGAAAUUACAUCACCAGUUUUUUUCAAGGAUUUUACUUCGAGUGGGAGCAUGUCCCUUCACCAAUUGGUUUUGUUAGAGAUAGAAGCACUAAAAGCAUCACAAAUGAAACUAGAUUCUACUAGUGAGGAGAUACAUGAGCUGAAGAAUAAGUUGGAAACAAUGAAUUCUAUGUUAUGCUUGAUUAAAGUUCUUCAAAGUGUUGGUCCUGAAAUUGACCAAUAUCGUCAAGACCUACCUAAGUUGAGCAUGGAAGAAUUGGCUACAAAAGUGGCAUACCUUCUUAUCAGCAAAGGAUUUGUUGAAUAUGAGGACUUGAAACGUUUCAGACCCGUUUCGGACGAGACAUUGCCGACAUCCCAUCAGCACUUUCUGAAAUCAUUAGGAAGUAAAUUACAUGGCAAAAAUGAAGGCAGUCAGUUGGAAAGCAAAGAUGUGGGCCAUGUGACGGAUGCCAUGGGAAAUGGUGACCAGUCAGCAAGUCUAGUAAAAAAUCAUCAUGCCAAUGGCGUAUCCUCUAAACAUGAUGGAAGAGAAAAGGAGCUAGCAGAUAUGCUGGAAGAGAAAAAUAGGCCCCUGGGGGCAGUUCAAGCUAAUCAUGAAUUACAGAUAAAGCAAUUGAAUAUGGAACUUGAAAAGGAAUGUGAUAAACUUGGGAAUCUGCAGAUGAGAUUGCAAGAGGAGCACAAGCUGAAUGAGUCUCUUCAGGAGGAGCUUGGAGUUACUGAAAUCAGAGAAGGAUAAAAAAGCAAUGAAGGUAAAAGCUGGAUAGUUGCAUGAAUCUCCAUUAGAAUGCUCAAUUUUGUUUUAAGUAUUUAUAGAAAAUAAAAAAUACUUUAAUCUCCGUCUUAGUAAAUUCCUGGUUCUGCGCCUUUGACGUGAGAUGGAUAGUUGGCACGUAUUGCUAUUUGGGUUUUAUUUUUAAGGUUUUCUUUCAUGUUUAUAUUUUCGAAUAAAAUACAAUCAUUGGGAGCCGAAGAUGUCGUGCUUCAUAUUAUCUUUCAUGCAUAUUUGAAAGUCGGGCCAUUGAGAC